AUCAUCAAAGCGGCCACCAGACUUCGUGUGACGGUGUCACGAGUUGGUCGGAUUCCCAGCAGCCACUCCGUCCACGAAGCUUAUCGGUGGACAGACCCAAGGGGGCGGCCCGUGUCACCGCCUCUUGACAGGGGCGGUAGCGCCCCAGGAGACGACGACGAGAGAAGGAGAAGCGGCAGCCAGAUGUUGAAAGCAAGUGAUGAGCGGAAGAUCAACAUAGUGCUUCAGAAAGGACAAGGCCUUGGAAUACUAAUCAGAGGCGGGAAAGAAUACGGUCUGGGGAUCUUUGUCUCAGGGAUCGAUCCCUAUUCUGUAGCGGAGAACGCGGGCAUGAAGAAAAUCUUCUCUCGUGGCGUGGGAACCCAACUAAUGCUGACGUCUUCAAUGGGGAAAGUCGCACAAAAGGAGCAGAUCUACGAGCAAGCCAGACUGUUGCUCAACGACUCAGAGCAUGCAACCUUGAACUAUUACCUCUCGGAAUACGAAAAGAAGACGAUUAACAUCCGGGGCAUGGCGCAUGCGUUGUUGGAAUUGCUAAAUACACCAGCAAAGCUGACGCUGAUGUCGGAAAUCAGAGCUACCGUGCGCCCUGCAGACCUGGCCACUUUUGAUCAGCUCAUAGCCAAGAGUGAUCUAGAGAAGUCGUUGAAUCAAGCCCGGAAGCUGCUAGCACCGGAUAUGAUCUCCUUGAGCUCGUUCGACAGCGAAGACGUCAUAGACAUGGAGAAAUACAAACGGACUAUGUUCUCACAUCCGAGAAGUGACUUACUCAAAUCACAGCCAAUGGACAUCCUGCACUUUGAUGAUAGCGCAGAAAUGGACUCGGACAGUUACGACUUGUUGGAGACGUCUCAGAGAUUGAGCAGGUCGACACCAAAUCUGACCAACAUCGGUCAAACGUAUAAUUCCCAAGAGCAGACGACAUCUAGGCGAAGGUCACGGUCUCCAUGGGCUGUGUUUUCGACCAACCGGAAGUCUAAAUCUAAAGAGGCUCUUUGGAACACGGAUUCAAGGGCGGAAAUUGGCAACUCUGAGGCAGAUUUCAUCAAAACAAAGAUGGACUACCCUAGCGAUGACAGCGGGGUGGAGAUCAACGGUCAUGCGCAGAAGGACUCGCAGUCAGCGUCACAUUCG